UUUUGAAAUCCCGACCGUAGAUUUUCAGAUUUGUGGGUCGGUCGCAAAGGGCAAUGCACCAAUUUUUAAUUUUAGGCCUAAUCUACAUCAUCUAUAAAUUAAUUAUACCGACAUUAUCAAAAGAUAUUUAUGAAUGUCUUUUUAUCAUGAUUUUUCUUUCAUACAGAUGGAAGGGCCAACAUUGAACACAAGCCUUGCAAGCAAUAUAUCAAACGGGCAGACGACAUCGCGUCCGAAAGAAAUUGUGACGUCAUGUGGGUGGUGUGACUGGCGCCCUCGAUGGCUGCAAAGGUUCAACUCUCAACGUUGGCUUCUGGCUGCGAUAAGCAGUGCUGCUUGCAUGACGCUCAUGAUCGAGGAUGGAUUUACGAAUAGCGCGAUCACGUCGAUCGAAAGACGGUUCCAGCUGCGCAGUCAAGAUAUUGGCACCAUACUGAGCAUCUAUGAAUUCACCGUUAUCAUCUCCAUAAUACCUGUGACGUACUUUGGUGGGCGUGGUAACAAGCCACGAUGGAUUUCGAUUGGUUGCUUUGUGGUGGGCGUGGCUUCACUUCUCUUCGCUCUGCCUCACUUUACGACAGAAAGAUACGCCUAUUUUAGCGAAAAGGGCAAUGAGCAAGCAACAUGCCACCUGCACGAGGCUAAUAGUAGUUCUACAUCUUCUGUAGACAGUUGUAGGCGGAAUGGCAAGAGUAUAUCGUUAUUAUCGAGAUAUAUCAUUCUCUUUGGAGCAGCCAAAGUUAUAGCAGGAAUCGGAGCACCACCACAGGGAAGCCUCGGGGUAGUGUUCAUCGACGAAAGCAUCACCACCAAGCAGAAUGGGAUGUACCUUAGUACUUACCUCACCAUGGGAACCUUCGGAAGUGCAAUCGGAUAUAUUUUAGCGGGCAUCUUUCUAAACAUUUACACAGAUAUUGACAUGCCGCCUGGGAUGACUGCAUCCCCAUCCGAUCCUGGCUGGGUAGGUGCAUGGUGGUUAGGUUUCGUCAUCGCAGGGUUCGUUAUCAUCGCACUCUCUAUACCAAUCGGUCUCUUUCCCAGAGAGUUACCUAAAACGGCCAGAAUACGUGCUGAGAAGCCUGUGGAAUCUCAUAAGAACUCAGGGCUCGGAGAGGGCGGUCAAACACCGAGACAACCUCAGUCCGAGGCACCACGUUUAGUCCAGGAGAUCAGAGGAGUACUGGAGAUUCUGAAACAUCUGGCCAUCAACCCGACCUAUGUUUUAACUGUUUGUUCCACCGUGCCUGAUGUUCUCCUCAUUAACUCGUUCGCUGCUUUCUUGCCUAAACUCCUCGAAAAUCAGUUCAUGGUGACGUCAAGCACUGCUACCAUCAUAACAGGGAUUGCUGUUAUCCCAGGAUCCGUAUUCGGGACCUUCCUUGGAGGAUGGGUGAUGAGACGGCGAAAACUGAAGGUUCCUGGUCUUAUCAAGCUAGCCAUCUUAGGAAGCACCAUCGAAACCAUCGCCUUCCUCUGUGUCCUCAUGCACUGUCCACAGACCCAGAUAGCUGGGGUGACGACGGCAUAUGAUAGCGGCAAUGGAUCCACUCUUCUAAACUUGACGUCGUCAUGCAACAUAGCCUGCUCCUGUUCUGCUGACAAGUUUAAACCAGUGUGUUUGGAAGAGUCCGGUCUUAGUUUCUUCAGUCCAUGCCAUGCGGGAUGCAGCCAAGAUUUCGAAAACGGUACAUAUGGAGGUUGUUCAUGUUCCCCGGGGAUGAGUUUUGGAAUUCCAAGUACCGUCCGACAUGGAAAAUGUUCCACACCAUGCAAUCUUCAACCUGCUUUCAUAUUUAUGAUGAACGUAGUAUUGGUUGCCAUAUUUAUGAGUAAAGUGCCUCUAAUGAACAUAGUUCUCAGGUGCGUUGCUGAGCAUGAACGCGCCGUAGCUCUUGGCAUGAAUUCUGUAGUAGCCAGAACACUUGGCUCCAUUCCAGGCCCCAUUCUCUUCGGUGCCAUCAUUGACAGUACAUGUUUACGAUGGCAAGAAACGUGUGGCGAACGGGGCGCUUGCUGGCUGUAUAACAAUAAAAGCCUGUCUUGGAAACUAACAACGCUCUCGCUUGUCUGUAAUGUUCUUACGGUGCUCUUCUACGCGCUGGCACUUCGGUUUUACGAACCGGCUUCGCAAGGUGAAUCGAGCACGGAUAACCGAGAUGUGCCUGAAACCGAAACGUGCCUUAAUGAAAGAAACACUUAAAUGACACUGAUGAGUGUUUUUUUCUAUCAAUUACAAAUUGAAUAUGAUACUUUUUAUGAUUAAGUACAGAUUUAAAACCGUUAUUAAUUAGAGUAUGACCCAUAUUCACCAUAUUCUGCACUAAUUGCAAUGUAAUUGAAAUUUUAUUUUGAUGUCAACAUAAAUUAACUACAUUAGCAAUAUAUAUAUAUAUUUCAUGUAUAUGGUAUUGCUUUGCAUCAAAUAUUGCCUUUUGAGAUAUUUACAUGCUACUUAGACAUUAAGAAGCCGAACAAGAAAAGCAAGUUUGUCUUAUUUGUAUAACAGUGUGUAUUAUUCAAACAAAAGGUUCAUUGUUUAUUGCAACAAUACAAUAAAUAUAUAGAGAAUUAAAAGUCUUCCUUUUAACAAACUCAUUCAAAUAAUUUAAGAGUUUUGAGCCCGUGAUACGAAUAUGCUGUUUGAAAGCAAUCAUUAUCUGUUUAACAAUAUGCUUAUCUCUUAUAAACCAUCUUGUAAAUAACUACGAUAAUCAUAAUUAAAAUGAAACAGUCAAUACAAA